CGAGAUUGUUCCAUAAUAAGGCACCUGACGCUCCACUGUCUUCAAUUUCCACACCUCCCCACCACCCAGCCAAAUCGAGCCCGCAGGAGCAAAAAUAUAACAACCGCUCGAAGACAACUGAGAGCCCAACAGCGAACUCGAGACAACAAAUACAUCAGCUCUACCAGUUUCGAGAGCUCCCUUUCUGAUACUUUCCUGGUCACCAUGUCGCCCUCAAACGCCGACGCCGUCGCGCAUUCGACCUACACGCGCGAGCAAAUGAAGCAAGUCCUCGAGGACGCCCUUUCCCCUCUACCACCCCGAUCAAGCCCACUAUCUCACAAGCACAGCCACCCAUUGCGAGCCUUCGAAUCUAUCUACCGCUCUCCAACCUCCUCCUCCUCCUCUUCCGACUCCUCUUCCGAUCACUCCGACGAGUCAUCCAUAGACCCACGAAAGCGCGCAAGCGAACGCACUCCACUCAUGUCCGGAAGAACAGACUUAGCGAACACGGCAGCUCUCGCGGCAAACGCAUCCCUCGUGCGCCCCUCCCCGCGCUUUAUGCACGGAACACCCGCCACCCGCACCUUCGAAGUCGAGGCCUCGUUCCUGCAGGCUAUGAUUGGGCUACUAGAGCGGCAGGCGAACAUUGUUCCUGAUCACAUGCUUACGAAGUCGGAGAUUCGACGGAUUGUGAGGAAAGAGAUGGACAAGCGCGGCGAAGCAAAAGAAACGAAUCCUACGAAGAGCUUGUCAGGUCUUGUCACGCCGUCGCGUGUGCUGGCGCUCACGGCGGGCGUUGCGGGGCUAGUGGUGCUGCAGCGCGCGAGGAUGAGGUAUCCUGAGGAGAUGGCGUGGUUCUUGGAUGGGGCGUGGAAAGGGGGGCUGGGGGGAUUUGUGGGCGCGAUGGUGGUUAAGGGUGUGCUGUGGGGGUUUGGGGAGAUGGGGAACCUGAGGGGUGAGGAUUGGACUGCGUGGCAGGCGUAGAAACAUGCCCGGUUUGUCAUAUAUCGAGGAAAAGAAACUGCUUGAUG